AUGGCUGGCCAAGAACUGGACGCAAGUAUUAUUGAUCCACCGAGAGAGGUGGACGAGUCUGAGACUGGUCUGAAAGAGGAGUUACACAAGUUGAAGCACCAAAUGGCCAAAAUGUACCAGGGCACCACUUCCCAAACCAUCCAAGCUCCACCAGCCAAAGCAACCACAUGCCCCCCUCUGCCAGCUACCCCUGUCUUCAUAGCACUUCUACCAGCUACACUCCAUCGAUCUUCCAGUGAGCCGUUAUUCCAGAACCAAGAUAAUCAGUACUAUCCACCAGAGCUUACCUUCAAAGUCCGAGAUCACUACUCCUACACUCCUCAUUUUGAACUCCCUGUCGAGACUGAAAAGCCACCCAAAAAUACGGAGCAAGAGGAGAUAUUUAGGAAGGUAAAGAGCCUGGAGCAGUCACUGAGAACUAUGCAAGGGUUAGGGGGCCAAGUGAGUGUGGCGUACAAGGAUCUGUGUUUGUUUCCUGACGUCCAGCUACCUGUUGGAUUCAAAAUGCCCAAAUUUGAUUUGUAUGAUGAGCAUGGAGACCUCGUGGCUCACUUGAGAGGAUUUUGUAGCAAGAUGAGGGGAGCUGGUAGGAAAGAUGAACUGUUGAUGGCAUAUUUCAGCCAAAGUCUGAGCGAUGCAACAUUGGAGUGGUAUACCCGCCAAGACAAUAGUCGUUGGUACACUUGGGAUGAUCUAGCCCAAGCUUUUGCUCCACAUUUCCAAUAUAACAUAGAGAUUAUCCCAGACCGCUUGUCUUUGACAAAGAUAGAGAAAAAUCCCAGUGAGAGUUUCAGGGAGUAUGGUUUCCGUUGGAGAAAACAUGCAUCACGAAUCAACCCUCCAAUGGAGGAAGAUGAAAUGGUGGAAUACUUUCUUCAAGACUUGAAGCCUACUUACUUUGGUCAUCUGAUCUCGACCAUAGGUAAGUCUUUCAAUGAAGUGGUAAAAAUAGGAGGAAUGGUAGAGGAAGGACUCAAAUCAAGCAAGAUCAUGAGCUACUCUGCCAUCAAAGCAACUACGCAGGCAAUCCAGAAUGGCACAGGGGGCGUGUUGGGGAAAAAGAAGAAAGAAGAUGUCGCUAUGGUCGUUUCAGGAUCAUGGCAUGGCUCAGGGGGCUCUCCUCACCACUACACCCAGCCUCAAACCUAUACCCCAACUCCAUAUAAUCCAUCCGAACCCUACUUCCCACCACCAGAGCCUUAG